AUGAUAGACUCAUCUAUGAAAUCAAGACUUGAUAAGAUCAUUUCAAUAUCAUACUUCUCUUCGUGUCCAGAUAAUGUUAGUAUUUCAUCUUCUAACAGUAAUAACAAGAAGCUUAUGAAGUUAGUGCCAAGAGGAGAAGGUAGAAACCGGCCUGUCAUUCGAAUGAAUGUGUUUGGAAUCGACGUUGAUUGUUGCAUGGCAACUAGAAAUCACCCAUUCUUCAUACUAUGCAAUCAGCAAGAGGGAGAGCAAAUGUUACAGACCAUCCACAAUUACUUCAGAGGGUUUUUCGGAUGCUCUAUUGAGUAUCAUUUAGAAAAUGGUUCCUUGAACUAUAUUCCAAGACUAGAGAACAUCAAGAAUAGUAACCUUUAUUUCUGGAAUGAAGCAACAGCUGCACAAGUAUUGAAUGGGUACUUAACUGCCUCACCCUCACAGGAAUAUAUCCGAGUCUCUUCAAUCGUUGGUUUUGAAUAUGAAAGGAAUCUGAAAUUGGCUCAGACCAGUGUUCUUGAUAUAUGGAUCCCCGACAGUAGAGCUGGAGAGAUUUUGAAUCAUUUCAAGGGAAGGCAACUGUUCAUAAAUGGUGCAAUAAUCACAGAUGAAGAUGUCAUUCAGUUUUUGAACAGUUGGAAAUCAAGUCUAACACAUCAAAAUUUGGAGUACUUGAGUAUUGAUGUCGGGAGUGAUAUUGAUCUAAAUCCAGAAAACAUAAUGAGACAUAUUGACAUCAAACAGUUUGAUGCAAAUAAGAAGAUGCCAGUUUAUAGCUAUGACAGAAGAAGAGGAUGGGAUAAAUGCAACUGGAAAAUCGAAACGUUCGGCAGUCCAAAUUUUAUAGUUCGACAGGCUGAUCAACACGUGGCAUCACUGAAAAUCACAACUCAAGGAGUCCAAUUUUCUUCAUGGAAAAUGACAGAAGAAGAGGUUAUGAGAGAAAGAAUUCAAAAGACUUUCCAGAAAACUCCAAUCCAAAAGGCAAAGCCUAUCGGGAAUUUCAUCAAAAUUUCACAAUUUUCAUGGCUGAUUCAGAGAGAGAUCUUGUCGAGUAUGGAAUUGGUGGAUCUGUUGAUGAUGGCUUCUUGUUCUCAGAAAUUGCAUCGAUAUAUGAAAUCAUUGAUGAGAAGUCGUUUUGACAAGAUAUUCACAAUCACUUAUGAGCAGAGACUGUCGUCGUGCAUCAAUAUCUCAUCAUCUAGUAGUGGAGACGAACCAUUUAUGAGUAUCAAUGGGAGAAAUGAUUUCAAAGGUCGUCCCCUUAUCCCAUUGAAUCUUGUCAGGAUGGAUUUACAAGUAAGUAUGCCAACCAGAAAUCACCCACUUAUGAUACUAUCCGAUUGGGAACAUCAAGGAACAAUGCUUACAUCUAUCCACAAUUAUUUCCUUGACUUCUUUGGUUCAUCGAUCAAAUAUCAGUUAAAUGUUAACAACCUGAUACGACCAUUUUCAAAACUGAAGAAUAUCAGUAGUACAGAUUUAUCGAGUGACAUAGGAGUAGCUGAGUUCCUUAUGAUCUCUCCUAAUCAGGAUUUUAUCAGACUUUCUGAGUUAGGAAGCCCUUUGCUUGGAAGAAAUUUGGAAUUUGCUAGGACCAAAGUGUUAGAUAUUGGAACAAUGACUUGCUCAGCAGAUGACAUUUUAUCCAAUUUCGAAGGUAGACAGUUGUUUAUUGAUAAUGGCAUCUUAAGCGAUGCAGCUAUCAUCCAAUUUCUUAACAAGUGGAGAUCGAAUGAAGGAUAUCAGAAUUUAGAGUAUUUCAGUAUUACUGUCUGUCCUUUUAGACACCCUCUCAACCCAAAUCGUAUAAUGAAUAGUAUUCCAAUCAAUCGAUUGGACUCAUCUGAUAAACUGCCGGUUUACCAAGUUGCUAAAAGAGAUCACUAUAUGAAGCGUACAUGGGGAAUUCACAAGUUCAGCAGUCCAAAUUAUAUUGUUCGAGAGAGUGAACAACACGUGGCAUCCGUAAUGAUUACGGAGAGCAAUAUCACCUUUGCCGCGUGGAAUAUGACUGAAAAGGAGUUUUUGGAGAAACUCCCCAUCAAGAGAUUCUAUUGA